AUGGCGGUCAUCGCUGGUUCUUUUGCACUCCCCACGGUGGUCCGCUCCUGCUUACCACUGUCAUCAUCAUCCGGUAAUUUCAAACUGCAUCCGAGUCCGAGUCAGAGGCGAUUUGCUAAGACAGUGAGAGUGAUGGCUGGGAAGCAAAAAAAUCCAUAUGCGCUGGAGUUGGAGAGAAACGAAAUGGAAGAAGGUUGGAGUAGAAAAGGCCUUGAGGAUUAUUUUGAGGAGUCGAACGAUUUUAUCAAAUCAGACUGUGGUGGUGGUGGUCCGCCUCGGUGGUUCUCUCCGUUGGACUGUGGGUCCCGCUUGGACGAUUCUCCCCUCCUCCUCUAUUUGCCCGGUCACCUUCUCACUGGCAUCGUCGAGAAGGGAACUGUUGAGUUAUUAUGCAAAACCUAUCAAUAUAUGAAAAUGGUGUAUAUUGGGGGUGAAGCAUCGAGAGAUAGAAGAUGCUUAAGUCAGUGUGGAAAGAACAGUAGGGUAACUGACUUGCAUGCGACUCUUGCAAUAGGCCUAGUGGAGUUGGUAGAACAAACAGUUAGAUCAGAGAACUACCAUUCACCUAAUAGACCAAUAUAUCUUGUCGGAGAAUCUCUUGGAGCAUGCCUUGCACUAGCUGUUGCAGCUCGUAACCCUGAUAUUGAACUUUCACUUAUUUUGUCCAAUCCAGGAACAUCUUUUGAGAAGUCACACUUGCAACCUCUUAUACCUUUACUGGAAAUUAUACCCGUCCAAUACCAACUUGUGCUUUCGUAUAUCCUGAGCUCCAUGACAGGUGAUCCUUUGAGGAUGGCAAUGAACAAGGUUGUGAAGGGACUUCCUCUAGAACAAGCAGCUGAAGGAUUAUCGAAAGAUGUUGUUGCAAUGUCACCGUAUGUCUCUGUUCUAGCCAAUAUCUUGCCCAAAGAAACACUUCUCUGGAAGCUAGAGAUGCUUAAAUCAGCUUCAGCAUUUGCCAAUUCGAGCCUCCAUGCUGUAAAAGCUCAAACACUAAUACUUACCAGAAUGAUGGGGUUGAGUGCACUUUUUGUUGUUUUCAGUGGGAGGGAUCAACUGCUACCAAGUGAAGAAGAAGGCAGAAGACUUCGCUGUGUGCUUCCAAAAUGUGAAAUUCGUUGGUUUAAUGACAAUGGUCAUUGCCUCUUGUUGGAAGAUGGUGUUGAUUUGGUGACUGUAAUCAAAGCUACUAGUUUCUAUCGCCGUGGGAAAUACCAUGACUAUGUUUCUGAUCAUAUACCACCAGCCCCUUCAGAAUACAAAAAAAUAUGUGAAUCAAAUAGGUUGCUUAUGCUUGCUACAAGCCCUGUAAUGCUUUCAACUUUAGAAAACGGGAAGAUUGUGAAGGGACUUGCAGGAAUUCCUUCAGAGGGACCAGUCUUGUUCAUUGGUAAUCACAUGUUAUUGGGUUGUGAAUUGAUGCCAAUUUCAAUGAAAUUUUUGUUGGAAAGAAACAUUCUUAUGAGAGGGAUGGCUCAUCCAAUGAUGUUUACGAGAAAGAAAGAAGGGAAGUUACCUGGAAUAUCAAGUUUUGACACAUUCAGAAUAAUCGGUGCAGUUCCUGUUUCCGGAACCAAUUUCUUCAAACUUCUAUCUUCAAAGGCCCAUGUGCUUCUGUACCCAGGAGGCUUGCGUGAGUCCUGUCAUCGGAAGAACUCAACUCUUCAUGCAUACCACUUUCAGGGUGAACAAUACAAGUUAAUCUGGCCAGAACAAUCCGAGUUUGUUAGAAUGACAGCAAGGUUUGGAGCAAAAAUUGUGCCAUUUGGUGUCGUUGGAGAAGACGAUUUUGGUGAAGGAAUGGAUAUAGGAGCCAUGCAAGGGUUCAAGUAUGUGUUAAUCAUUUCUAACGUUAAAGAUCCUCAAGCAAGAUUACUAAGGAAGUAA